GCAUGACACCGGAUGAGAUAGCAGGAUCUCAUGCUAGCAUAUAUGAAGCCUGGUACAACCAGAUUGAUAAAAAUCACACAAAUGUUAUUGGUGCCUUGGAUGCAGCCAAGUUUCUGAAGAAGUCAGGACUUCAAGAUAAUGUGCUGGGACAGAUUUGGGACAUAGCAGAUUCAAGAUGUAUGGGCCAGUUGGAUAAAACUGGGUUCUUUGUGGCCUUAAAGAUGAUAGCGCUGGCCCAGAAUGCCAAACACGUGGAUUUGUCUAAUGUUCGCAGCAAUGUCCCUCCUCCAAAUAUGGGUGAGCCGCCACCUGCCGGCUCGUUUUCGCCGGCCAUCAGCAACGGGAGCACUGUUUGGACCGUGAAGCCGGAGGAUAAGCAGCGCUACGACCAGAUCUUCAACUCCCUCGGACCAAUCAACGAACGACUACCUGGCAAUAAGGUGCGGGAGGUGCUGCUGAAUUCGAAGCUGCCGAUGGACACUCUGGGACGGAUAUGGGACCUGUCAGACAUUGACAAGGACGGCUUCCUCGACCGAGACGAGUUCACAAUCGCGAUGCACCUGGUGUACAAGGCUCUGGCCAAGUGUGCUGUGCCGGCCGCGCUGCCCGCCGAGCUGCUGCCGGCCGCCAAGCGGGGCUCCUCGCUGGGCACUAUGCCGGACCUGUUGCCCACCUCGGACGGACUCAUCAAGCCGCUGGCGCGGCCGGUGGCGCAGCAGCAGUGGGUGGUCUCAGCCAGCGACAAGGCGCGCUCGGACGUCAUGUUCCGCGCUGCCGACCUCGACCAGGACGGCUUCGUCUCCGGCGCCGAGAUCCGCGACAUCUUCCUCAAGUCGGGCGUGCCCCAGCUCUGCCUGGCGCACAUCUGGAACCUCUGCGACAUGAAGCAGACGGGCAAGCUGAACCGGGAGCAGUUCGCGCUGGCGCUGCACCUGAUCCAGCAGAAGCUGCAGGGCGUGGAGCCGCCAGCGGCGCUCACUCCGGCCAUGGUGCCGCCCACGCUGCGACCCAAGCCCGGCCAGGAGCCGCCGGCGCCGCCG